GAAGUAUGCAAGAAGGAUAUUCAAAUCUAGGAAGAUGCCUUUCCAUUAUUCACUUUCUCUGUGGCUUCUUCAUACUUAUGUCUGGAGUUGGCUCAAACUAUUUGUCCCAUGAUCCAUUUUCAAUGAGUUUUGCUUUUAUCUACAUUUUGGUAUCUCUUAUAUGUUGUGUGACAACUAGAAACUACGAUCCACUUUGUCUCCGAAUGUGCGCAUUUUUAUCAUUUGUGAUGACAGUUGCAUCAGCCUAUCUCGUCUAUCAACAUGCUAGUCAGACAGAACAAGUUUGCCUACGCAAAUGCGUUCGAACUGAGGACUACUUUCACACACAACUAGCAAUCAUUUGUGGGAUACAAGGUUUCAAAUUACCAAUGGGAAGUCCGAUAAGUUGUCAACGAUUUAUCUCAUUUUUAGUUUUAAACUGCGUCAUCUCUAUUGUCUAUUCGUGUCUGUGCUUGAAGAAAUCCCCAAAGAAUCAGGCAUAUGAUUGUGUGAAAAUGGAACCGGAAGAGCUGCCAGUUACGGUUUGAAAAAGAGGAAAAUUGGGAAGGAGAAUUAAUUUUAUUUAUUUUUAAUAAACUUACCGAACUUUCAACGGAAGGACUGUUCAUAGAAUACUGAAUUAUAUUUAUCGGAUUUAAUAAAUAAAUAUUGUGAAUUGAUG